UCUUAUAUAUAUAAAAUCUAAUGUCAGAUUUUUGUCCGCGAUGGACGCCGAAACUACUGAACCGAAUUUUAUGAAAUUUGGCAUAAAUGUGCGAUUAGGUCUAACUUAGAACAUAGGAUAGUUUUUAUUUUGAUUGAUGGCCUUAUUUAUUUUUUAUAAUAUAAAAUAAAUAAAUAUAAAUAAUUAUUUUCUCAUAGAUGGCGUUAUGAAACGGUAUUAAAGUUAUGUAAGUGUCCAAUAGAUAGCGCCUGUCCACGUGUAUUUUCUUUCAAUAAUUGUAAUUGUAAUGACAAUAGAACGAUCAAGAAUCUUCGCGACGGAUAGGCAACCAAAAUACAUAUAUGCACGAAUAUUCUCGAUCGGCCAUAAAAAGAAUAUUCUAGACCCACUACACACUAUAAAACGGCGCAACAUAAUUAUAACGAUAUAUAUUUUGUGUUUGUAAUAAUUUGUGAUCUCUGCUAAGACACGUUAAUUUUUUUGUAAAUUUUGCGUAUAUAUUACUGAAUAACAUCGCGCAAAUUGAUUUGGAUAUUGAUUAAGUAAGUUCGACUUUAUUUCUUUUUAUCUUUUGUAUGUAUUUAAUUAUUAAUUGAACAUAUUUAUAUUUAUUUUAAAAAAAAAUUAUCAUAGUUCAAAUAAUACUUAUAAUAGUAGUAUUAUAAGUAUUAUUAUAAUAAUUUUAUGUUAUUUUUUCAUCGUAACCGGUUCGAAAUUUAUUUAUUUAAUAUUUUUGUAGUAAAAUGCCACCGAAAAAAUCGAACCUUUCCGCGAGUAGUAGAGAGGCACGGCGCAAACGUGCAAAAAGAAGUUUUCGGUCAGCACAGCAACAUGAAGAACAUGAAAGACAGCGAACCAGUCGCGAAUUACAACUUGGAUCAUUUGUUCGUCUUGCCUUUGAAUAUGCACCGGAUAUUAAUUACUCUGCGCAUUCUUUAAUUUCCAUCGGUGAAAUGAACAAAGUAUGCCAAUAUUGUCAGGCGUUGAAAUUCCCCAAUGAAACACCUGGACUGUGUUGCGCAUCAGGAAAAGUUGUACUGGAGCCGCUUCCAUCUCCGCUGGAACCUUUACAAUCACUUCUUGCUGGCCAAUCUGAUGAUUCAAAAUUAUUUUUGAGCAAGAUUCGUAAGUUUAAUUCUUGCUUCCAAAUGACGUCUUUUAGGGCAACAAAAAUUUGUGAUCUCACAUCCGAUGGUAAUUACUUCGAAUCUACAUUUAAGAUACAAGGUCAGGUUUAUCAUCAAAUUGGGUCAUUGAUGCCGAUGCCUGAUACUGAACCGAAGUUUCUGCAAAUCUAUUUUAUGGGAAAUUGUGAAGAACGCGUAUCAACCCGCUGUGUUCAUAAUUUUAUUGAACGAGCAGAUGAGAGAGCAAUUGUGGAAUCAUUGGAAAUUUUUUUAGAAAAUCGAAACCAACUUAUUCAGUUGUUCAAACGUGUAUCGCCACAAUUAUUAAACGACAACUAUCAAAUUGUUAUUAAGGCUGAUAGAGUACCAUCAGGAGAGCAUGCUGGAAGGUUCAACGCGCCCACCGUAGACGAAGUAGCAGUUAUUAUGGCCGGUGAUCCAGCUGACAGCCGAGCCAUCAAAAUUACACGUCGAGACAACACCAUAAGCAUAAUUUCAGACACUCACCGUUCCUACGAUGCACUACAAUAUCCGCUGAUAUUUUGGGCAGGACAGGAUGAAUAUCACAUUAAUAUUAAACAGCGUAAUUCAACUACUGGUCGUGAAACAAACAAAAAAGUUAGUUCAAUGAACUACUAUGCCCAUCGAUUGAUGAUAAGACGUAAUCAGGAUAAUUAUAUUCUUCGAUAUCGCCAGCUAUUCCACCAAUAUGUUGUCGAUAUGUACGCAAAGAUUGAAAGUGAACGUUUGCGAUAUAUUCGAUUCAAUCAGGCUAAAUUAAGAUCAGAAGAAUACAUCCACUUACGAGAUGCUAUUAAUGGACAUGUCGAUGAACAAAUAAAUAUAAACGAUAUAGGUAAUGCAUUUAUUUUACCCUCGAGUUUUAUUGGUAGUCCACGGCACAUGCAGGAAUAUACACAAGAUGCAAUGACUUAUGUACGUCAUUACGGCCGUCCAGAUUUAUUUAUUACAUUUACAUGUAAUCCGAAAUGGGAAGAAAUAAAAAAUCUGCUAUUACCAGGCCAACAAUCGACACAUCGUCAUGAUAUUACUGCGCGCGUGUUCAAACAAAAAUUAAAAUCAUUGAUGAAUUUCAUUGUGAAAUAUUCGGUUUUUGGUGAAGUACGUUGCUGGAUGUAUUCAGUCGAAUGGCAAAAGCGCGGUUUGCCCCAUGCACAUAUCCUGAUUUGGCUUGAAGAUAAAAUCCAUCCAGAAGAAAUUGAUCAAAUAAUUUCUGCCGAAAUUCCAGAUCCAUCAAUCGAUCAGGAAUUAUUUCAUAUUGUUACCAGUCACAUGAUUCACGGACCCUGUGGUGUUUUCAACAUGAUAUCUCCAUGCAUGGAGGAUGGAAAAUGUAAAAAAAAAUUCCCAAAACAAUGUAUUAAUGAUACUAUUACAGAUAUUGACGGUUAUCCAUUGUAUCGACGUAGAAACGCUGAGAAUGGUGGCCACACAUUCACGAUGCGAAUGUCAAAUGCUAUCGAAGUUGAAAUCGAUAAUCAAUGGGUGGUACCAUACUCACCACUACUUUCAAAAACAUACAAAGCUCAUAUAAAUGUUGAGUUUUGUAGUUCUGUGAAGUCUAUAAAAUACAUUUGCAAAUACGUUAACAAAGGCAAUGAUUUGGCAGUAUUCGAAGUUCAAAAUGUAAAUAAAAAUGAUGAAAUAACACAGUACCAAAUGGGUAGAUAUAUCAGUAGUAAUGAAGCUAUCUGGCGCAUAUUUAGUUUUCCUGUACACGAUAAAGAGCCAGCUGUGCAGCAUCUUGCUGUACAUCUUGAAAACGGACAACGUGUAUAUUUCACUAAAGAAAAUAUUUUCCAACGAGCACUUCAGCCACCGAAAACAACACUUACUGAAUUUUUCACAUUGUGUCAAAAAACCGAUGUUUUUGGCCAGUUCGCACAUGAUUACUAUUAA